UAGUGUGUCAGCUGUGUUUUUAACAUGGUUUUAUCACGCCGCGCUGAAAGGAGUGUGAUCUUAGAGCAUCCCCCUAGUUUUAGACCGUAAAAGUGCUUUGCUAAGCCCCUUAUAUUCGUCGAGCGUUCCUGAAAAGCGCAGAGCUGUGGGGCAGAGCUGUCGACUGCUUGUUGCUGCUGUAGAGGAUUAACAUUAGCUAGAGGUGGCCGAGCUAGCCUGUAAUAACAACACUGUCAGUGAUAAGUUGAACCAGCUCCAGACACGUUGUGCACUUUGUCACAGAAAUGCCAGCCAAUGACUUCUUCGUGUCUGCUCCUGGGAAGGCGAUCCUCCACGGAGAGCAUGCAGUUGUGCAUGGAAAGGUGGCUCUUGCUGUCAGUUUGAACCUGAGAACAUAUUUACGAUUGGAGACCACUACUACUGGUAAAGUGUGCAUCAACCUCCCAAAUAUCGACACAUUUCUCUGCUGGAACCUGACAGAGCUGAAGCAGCUUCUUCCUUAUUCAUGUGCAGCUAAGGGGGAGGAGGUGAAACGUCUGGAUCCUGAACUUGUGCAGAGACUGCGUGAAUUUGUCGGUGUAACAAAUGGAAACCUGGAUACUUGCAACAUGGCAACCUUAUCCUUCCUCUACCUCUACCUCUCACUGUUUGGAUCAGGUGAGCUGCCCAGCCUGACCUUGUCUGUGUGGUCAGAGCUUCCGACUGGAGCGGGACUGGGUUCGAGUGCUGCCUACUCAGUGUGUUUAGCUGCAGCUCUGCUCAGUGCAAGAGGAGCCAUCCCCACUCCUCUCAAAGAGUGGGAUCACACCGGCAGGUGGUGUCAGGAGGACCUGGAGCUGAUCAACAGCUGGGCUUUUCAAGGGGAAAUGAUCAUCCACGGGAAUCCUUCAGGAGUAGACAACGCUGUAGGAACAUGGGGGGGCAUGCUGAGAUUCUUGGCUGGGAAGAUAAUACCACUGAGCAGGGUGCCAUUAUUAAGAAUCCUCCUCACUAACACCAAAGUACCACGUAGCACCAAGGUACUUGUUGCCAGGGUGAAGGACAAAAUUAACAAGUUUCCCUCAAUCAUGACCCCUGUGCUUGACUCAGUUGAUGCCAUUUCCUGCACUUGUGAGAAAGUCCUUUCAGAGAUGACCUCUGAGCCCAUCACAGGAGAGCACUACAAUAUUCUAGAGGAGCUCAUUGACAUUAACCAGCACCAUCUGAAUGUGAUGGGGGUGGGACACCCUGCCCUGGACACACUGUGUCGGGUCACGCUGACCAGAGGGCUCCACAGCAAGCUAACCGGUGCAGGGGGUGGAGGCUGUGGCAUUACACUUCUGAGACCAGAAACGGACUCCGUCGUUGUCCAGAGUACAGUGCAGGACUUGAGAGACUGCGGCUUUGACUGCUGGGAAACAAGUAUUGGGGGACCAGGUGUCCAGCAGCACGCUCCUUUGUCUGUUAAGGAGGAAGUUCUGGAGAUUUUAAACCGAUACUGACACUCACCCGUGGCUGAACAAGAGGACAGACGGGCUGUUUGACUGUCUGUCGGUACCUUGUCAGGACCUGAGGUGUGCUGAACUAAUGAGGUGGGCCAAGGGACGUUUGACACUGAGCAGAGCUGGACAGAGCUGCCUGGAGUCAUUAAUCUUAGAUUUUCCUGACUGAAAAACAAUGUAAUCUAAAGUGUAGAAAAUAACAAGUCAACUGUGUUGAGUGCUUGCUUGUAAAAUGUACUCUGGGCUGCAAACCCGUGUGCUGAGCUCUUUGUCCGCUAGAUGGCAGCAGAGUUGCACAAGUGCUUUUUUAUUAAACAGGAGUUAUGUUAAGAGGCUCUGUUAAAAUUGAUGAAUAUGUAAGUGAAGCACUGGCAGGAUUCAUUUAUAUUUUCAUCCAUGUUUAAAGUAGCAGGGCCAACCUAGCUUAAUGGAUUAGAUGAUCGUCAGCCAUUAAUGACCCACUCCUGACAUUGUAUCAUGCAAGAGUUGUGGGAUAACAGCUAUUGUGAAAGUGAUCAUUUUGUAGGAUUUAUUUCACAAAUAAUGAUAACAAUGGAGGAAAAGAUUGAUGAAAUCAUUUUCUUUGGAGGGAUCAGGGGCAUUAACAAAACACAAUGACUACUAUUCAAUUUUUUCAAUUUUUUUGUCUUCAUAGUUCUACAAAGGGAUUUAUGAAAGUAACUGUGCAUUGAUAUUUCUCUUCUCAUGAACAGUGAUGGUGAGAAUAUUCCUCUCAAUAAGCCAAAGCCAGGAAAUAAUAAUGUCAUGAAUAUAUUCAGAGAAUUAUUCACAUGUAAUGUCAGACUUCACACUAAUGAAUUAUCAUUAUCAAGACUGCUUCAAACAUAACUUAAGCACAUGACUGUGUAAUGCUGCAUUGCUCUUCAAUUUUGCUCCACAUUUAACAUGUAGAUAUGUUGAAAUGUAAAUGUAUGCUAAAACUAAAUUCAAGUCUCUUUCUAUCUUAAAGAUCUGUAAUAAUUUGGUAAAAUAUUCUUCUUA